AUGCUGGAGCCAAUUAUUUUGCCUGACUGCGGGCACACGUUCUGCAAAACGUGUAUUAGCAGGGUGCAACAAAACCCAACUACCAGCCAUUGCCCCCUUUGUAAAAAGCCCAUAUGGAGUUCCACACAGCUGAAGACAAACUUCACCCUCAAAAAGGUGGUGGAAAAGAUUGAGGUAAAAUGCACAGCGUGCAUCGAGAGGGGGAGCAUCGAAGUGGUAGCACGACACACCUGCCCCGAUGCCCUCAUAUCCUGUUCGAAUAGGGGCUGCCAAUGCAGUAUCAAAAGAAAGGACGAGCCGACUCAUGAGAAGGAAUGUCUCUACGCAGUCAUCUCAUGUGAACAAUGCCACCAGAAUACAACCGUGGCCAACAAGGAGCUUCAUCUUGAGAAGACUUUCCCAAGAGGAGAAAUCCGUUGCCCUCUAAAAUGCAGGAAGCGUCCGAGAAGGUGUGGUCACAAAGCGUUGUACAUAAUCAUCUCACACUUAAAAUGAAAUUCUCUUUGCGUGCGUAAAAAAAAAGCAUCUGGUACACCGUUCAAUUUGCUCCUCCGUUCAAGAUUAAAACUGAUGGUGCACCGUGGCCAUUUUACGCAUGUCUCUUCACAGCCUCUCUAUCCUCUGGUUAUGGACCGAACUACCUUGAAAAAUGCUCCCGCGACCUUCUCCUCGUUUUUCUACCAUCUAAAAGCAUUUUUAAGUUCAGCCCAGUUAGACCAUACUAACAUGUACGACUUUGAAAAUUGUCACAGAGUUUAAGGUUUUCUUUAUCUCUCCCACAUGUACUCAAAGCUUACUGUUGAUAAUUUUUAAGAAAUAAUGUAUAGAUUUAGCCAAGCCUAAAAGCGGAGCUCGCAUUUUUUUUCCUGCACGUCUCAAGGGCACAACGCUUUGCCCCGGCCAGGACUAGAACCCGGGUCAUCCGACUCGGAGCCCAAUACACUGACCACUGGACUACUGAACAAAGUCGUGGCGUUGGCGUGCCCGCGGUACAGUUGACCACGCAUGUUAAAAGUAGCACCUUGUACGGUCGUACGGUCGUACGGUCGUACGGUCGUACAUCCAAACUUUUUCGGCUUGAUGGGUUACUGCUAUUUUGUAUGAUUAUGGGGCUACGCUCUGCGAGCUCCGCUAUCAUCUUUAAAUAUAUAAAUCUCGUGAACUUUGGAAAGCUUCCGUUCAAUUUGCUCCUCCGUUCAAGAUUAAAACUGAUCCAAAAUUAGCCCCAGAAGUUUACUUUGGGACUCAAAUUGUUGAGUUGAGCUGAACAGUUGCGACUUCUUUUCCCCAUUAGUAGAUACCUUCAUGUAGCUUUUACUUUUUGUUUACUGUUAGGAUGGAGUUGCAAACCCAUCUGCUUGUCUGUGAGGAGAGGCUGCGACAAUGUAAAGUCAAUGGAUGUCAUUUUGCUGGGAAUUUUAAGGAGAUGGAGCAACAUAACAAGGAG